GCCCGACACGCCCGGCUCGCGACACCAUGGUGGCGUACUGGCUGCAGGCUGGACUCAGCUACAUCUGGUUCUCCCAGAUCUGUGCAAAAGCAGUGAGGGAUGCCCUGAAGACUGAGUUCAAAGCAAACGCUGAGAAGACUUCCGGCAGCAGCGUAAAGAUAGUGAAAGUGAAGAAGGAGUAGCCGGCCCUGACUGAAGCAUGAACUGCUGAAUCGUUGAGGUGAAGACAUGUGGGUACCUGUUAUAGCAGAUUGAAAUCAACCUCACCUCCUGGGGACAAAACUACCCUUGUUGAUAAAUUGACUAUGCCAAUAAAUUAACAUGGUUUACUCU